AUGUAUCGCCUGCGAACUGUCGACAAGGGCAAGCCGCUGAUUAUUGCUGACGGCGUUAUCCGUGACUACGCCGUGUGCGAUGUCGACACUCUCCACAAGAAGAACCUGCUGUCGCUCGGUGAGGAUCGCUACCUGACCACCCUGAUGACCAAAUACUUCCCGUCCAUGAAGUACAAGUUCAUACCUGAUGCCUACUGUCAAACUGCGGCGCCCGAGUCCUGGAGCGUUCUGCUUUCCCAGCGUCGUCGCUGGAUCAACUCGACUAUCCACAACCUGUUUGAGCUGAUGAAGCUGAAGGAGAUGUGCGGCUUCUGCUGCUUCAGCAUGCGUUUUGUCGUCUUCAUUGAUCUGUUUGGAACCAUCAUCCUCCCUGCUACCACCAUCUAUCUCGCAUAUAUGAUCUAUAUGGCUGCCAGCGGUACUGGUCAAUUCCCUAUGAUUUCCAUCAUUAUGCUUGCGGCUGUGUACGGUCUUCAGGCCCUCAUCUUUAUCCUGAAGAGGCAGUGGCAGCACAUUGGAUGGAUGAUUAUCUACAUUCUCGCCUUCCCCAUCUACUCUUUCGCGCUCCCUAUAUACUCUUUCUGGAACCAAGAUAAUUUCUCUUGGGGUAACACCCGUAUUGUCAUCGGAGAGAAGGGAAACAAGCAGCUCGUUGCCGUCGACGACGAGGGCUUCGACCAUAGGAGCAUUCCCCUGCAGCGCUGGGACGACUACGCCUUGGCCAACAACCUCCCCGGCCGCCGUGGUGGGUACAUGGAGAAAGCGGACAUGGGCUACGAUGACCAGUACGAGAUGGAUGAGAUCCGCUCCGUUUACUCGUCCGUCCGCCAAGGCUCCGUCCUUACCGGCAUGAACCGCAACAACACCUAUAUGCCGCCCCAUUCCCCAGCGCCCUUUGGCCAUAUGGCACGGGCAUCCGGUGCCGCCAGCCCGUACCACCACGACCAGAACAUGGCCAACAGGCAGUCAAUGGCGUCUCUGGGCACCCACGACAUGAACCGCGGCCAGACCCCUUUCCAGGACUUCCCCAGCAGCCGGCCGAGCGUCACCAACCUCCGGGGCCAGGCUAACUACUCGCCCGGCCUUGGCGCCAACCGCUCACAGUCGGCCCUCGGUUUGAACCGGCCCCACGGCGCCGCCCAGUCGACCUCGUCGUUCGACUUUCAGCGCGGCAAUAUGCAGGGCCCCGACGACGGCAUGAUCAUCGACGCCAUCCAGGGCGUUCUGCGCGAGGUCGACCUCGACACGGUAACGAAGAAGCAGGUGCGCGCCCUGGUCGAGCAGAGACUGCAAACCGGGCUCGUUGGCGAAAGGAGGACGUUCAUGGACCGCCAGAUCGACAACGAGUUGGCGAACAUGUAA